GGGCCGCGGCUGCGAUCCGGGCCUCCCGGACUUUCGCUGCCAGCGCACCGUUCGGUGGCCUGGGUCACUCCCCUCCGUCGGUGCCCAGCGCUGGCCGGACUGACAGCUCGCGUCUCAGGCGCCGAGGGGCCAGCGCGGCUUCUGAAGUUGGGCUUGCUGCGCGCGCGCGGGGCGCGAUGCUGGGGUCUGCGUGUGCGGUGUGAGGCGGCGGAGCUGGGCGGCGGGCCUGGCCGGGGCCGCUCAUGGUGCCGCCACGACUCCAUCGAGGGGCAGGAAGGCCAGGUGGACUGAGCUCUUCGCCACCAUUUAGGCUGAGGUCUGCCAGGUUUGCAGGCAUUGCAUUGGAGGAUCUCAGAGUAGCCCUGGCAGCGAGACUGCAAAUGGUUUGUGUGUUUAUCAUGAACCGUGUGAAUUCCCAGAGCAGCGGCUUCAGUCAGCGCAGGCGAAUGGCCCUGGGGAUAGUAAUUCUCCUGCUGGUUGAUGUGAUCUGGGUGGCGUCCUCAGAACUCACCUCGUACGUCUUCACGCAGUACAACAAGCCAUUCUUCAGCACCUUCGCGAAAACCUCCCUGUUUGUCCUGUACCUUUUGGGCUUCAUUGUUUGGAAGCCGUGGAGGCAACAAUGUACCAGAGGAUUUCGAGGAAAGCCUGCUGCUUUUUUUACAGAUGCUGAAGGUUACUUUGCUGCUUGCACAACAGAUACAAGUGUGAGUAGUUCUUUGAGUGAACCUCUGUAUGUUCCUGUGAAGUUUCAUGAUCUUCCAAGUGAGAAGCUCGAGAGCACAAAUAGCGGGACCAAAAAAACUCCCAAGAAGUCCCGUGUCAGAUUCAGCAAUAUCAUGGAGAUUCGACAGCUUCCAUCAAGCCAUGCAUUAGAGGCCAAGUUGUCUCGAAUGUCUUAUCCUGCUGUGAAAGAUCAAGAGUCCAUACUGAGGACUGUAGGGAAACUGACUGCAACCCAAGUAGCAAAGAUUAGCUUUUUCUUUUGCUUUGUGUGGUUUUUGGCAAACUUGUCAUAUCAAGAAGCACUUUCAGACACACAGGUUGCCAUAGUGAACAUUUUGUCUUCAACUUCUGGACUUUUUACUUUAAUUCUUGCAGCUGUAUUUCCGAGUAACAGUGGAGACAGGUUUACCCUCUCUAAACUAUUAGCUGUAAUUUUAAGCAUUGGAGGUGUGGUGCUGGUGAACCUGUCUGGGUCUGAAAAGUCUGCUGGAAGAGACACAAUAGGCUCCAUUUGGUCCCUUGCUGGAGCUGUGCUCUAUGCUGUCUACAUUGUGAUGAUCAAGAGGAAGGUGGACAGAGAGGACAGACUGGACAUCCCCAUGUUCUUCGGUUUUGUAGGUCUCUUUAAUCUGCUGCUCUUAUGGCCGGGGUUCUUUUUACUUCAUUAUACUGGCUUUGAAGACUUCGAGUUUCCCAAUAAAGUGGUACUAUUGUGUAUCGUUAUCAAUGGCCUCAUCGGAACAGUUCUUUCCGAGUUUCUGUGGCUGUGGGGAUGCUUUCUUACCUCAUCUUUGAUAGGCACACUUGCACUAAGCCUUACGAUACCUCUCUCCAUCAUAGCCGACAUGUGCAUGCAGAAGGUGCAGUUUUCUUGGUUAUUUUUUGCAGGCGCUAUCCCUGUAUUUGUUUCAUUUUUUAUUGUUACUCUCCUGUGCCAUUAUAAUAAUUGGGAUCCUGUGAUGGUAGGAGUCAGAAGAAUUUUUGCCUUUAUAUGCAGAAAACAUCGAAUUCAGAGAGUCCCUGAAGACAGUGAACAGUGCGAGAGUCUCAUUUCUAUGCACAGCGUUUCUCAGGAGGAUGGAGCUACUUAGCUGCUGUCCUCUGUAGUUCAGCUUAAUGGAACAUUCUACAGUGAAGAGACAAUCUGGCAAGUUCUUUGUAGAAGUGUUUCAGUGCCUAGUCUGAACAAUAGCAGUUUCAGUUCUUUGAAACUCUAAACACAUUUUCCACAUGUCUGCUUUCUUCGUUUUUAAAAUGAAGGACGUUCCAAGUAGGCUGUGUGCAGUCCAGUUGCUCCAAAGGACCAACCUGCCUUACCUAUCAGUUCAGUUCAUGAAAUCACUGGAACUAAUGAAGGAACAAAAUUCUUCUGGGCACUGUGUUUAAACAUCUUGGUCAGCUGGAGUAAUGCUGUUUCCGAGGAAUCACCCAAGUGUGCAGAUGAGCAUUUCUGAGACCUGGA